GGGGGGAGGGGGUUAGGUAAUUUUCUGAAGAAAAAAAAAAUUAGAAAGAACCCGACAAUGCAUACAGUUAUUUUCUAAUUUAUCAAUGCUAGAUAUUUAGAUCUAUUUUUAGUUUUUUUUCAGUUAUUUUACUUAUAAAAGGUCAGAAAAGAAGUUUGCUUUAUUUAUAUCCCAGACCAUUCGAAUCACAAGUUUAGAAUUUAUCGAAUUCCAGUUUCGAAUGUUUCGUUUAUUUAGUGAUUAAGAUAGUUGGUAAAAGACUGUGCACGUAGAAAACGGAAGAAUUGAUAGAUAAGAAUAGAAUAUAAAAGAAUAGUUUUUUAAAUAGAAAACUGAAAAGUAUAGAUGGAACAAUGGCUUCAAACAUGGAAUCUUCAUACACGUCAGUCUGGUAGAUAUAAUUAUUCUAUUAUUGCAUGAUAUGAAAGAAUUGAUUGAAAGUGAAAUCAAUCCUGGCGACAAGUAUCCGUCUUUUUUUUAUAAGAUUUCUUAAAUUAUCUCAGAAGCGAGGAUGAGGUGUUCUUAAUAUUUUCUUCACUUCGACCUGCGUAAACAUUGAAUUCUCAUUAGAAAAGAUUCAAAAAAAAGAAACUUUGGACAUACGAGCCUCGUGAUUUUCUAAACAUUUUGGUUUUUUUGGAGUUUCGUUUUCUUAAACUUUGUUCUUAUAUAAAAAAACGUGUAAGGUAAAUUUAUUUUUAUCAAGCAGGACCGAAGAAGAAUGUUCGUUACACGCUGAAGAAGAAGGAGAAAGAUACUGCGUUGAAAAGUGUGUCAUCUGUUUGAAAGGAUUUAACUCAUCUAUGCCUGAAGUGAAUGUCUUAUCGAAAGGACUCGAAAAUUUGCUUAAACUUAGUAAAAAACGAGAAAUGCCUUCAUUAUACAAAUACCUCCUUGAAAUGCGAAAAAGUGGUGGAAGGGUUUCGGUGCAUCAUGAAUGUCGGAGAAAAUUCACUGAUACUAGGAAAAAAAACUCAAACAAUUUGCCUGCUAAGAAGUUGCGAUCAUCUUUAGAUGCACCUAAGUUCGAUUGGAAACAGCAAAUGGGGCUGGAAAAUUGAAAAUUCUCAAAUGAUGCCAAUAAAGACAGAUAAACAAGUCGCCCCUGAUAGCCUCCUAAAAAUUAUUAAAUGCAACUGCAAGGAUACUUCGAAGUCACCCUGUUCAACAAAUUUGUGUUCGUGCAGAAAACAUGGUCUGAGCUGUAUGCAGUCUUGUGGAGAAUGUCACGGUGAAACAUGUGAAAAUAAAGAGGUAUUCGAUGGUGAUAGUAACGUCGAAGAUGAUUUGGAAGAUGAAGAAGAGAAUAGAAACAUUUUUGAUAUAUUUGAUGCAUUUUGAUUUUACAUAAUUUGUAUACAAAUAUUUACUUUUUUAAGAUGAAAACUAUUAAAGAAAGUCCAUGACUUUAAAA